CAGCUCUUCUUUCUUUCCCCAGGCUGAAGUGGUCACACGUAGCCACUGGGUGGCAGGAGAGAGCAACUUUAAGCCCAUCUCGGCUCAUGCUGCCUGGAAACUGAAAGGGAUGACGUUGCACACUGAAGGACAGCUAGGUGAGAAAGGGGAGAGAGGUGGAAGACUUGCAGGAAAUCGUCACAGGUUGGAUUGAUCCCUGGAUCUCUGUGUCGAGGCGUAAACCUCUCAGUAUAUGUGCACCUGCUCUACCACUGAUCCAACCCGGCCACGAUUCCAGGGGAUUUCUAUAGCAAAACUGAGAAUUACAGACAAUAGGGGUAAUAACCCCUGACACCUGAGCGAACUCCACCCAUUGUAGAAGACCAUGGAAUCCAACUGAAUGCUCCGGAAUAAAGCAAGGCCAGGAUGACUGAGUGAGUCCUGCAAAGUGUGUUGAGGUGAAAUUGUCUGCAGCAGACAGGAAACGACAGGAAAACCAAGCUGGCUUAAUGACGCUCAGACAGCCUCAACUUGCACAACUGCAAAGACUCGCAAAGCCUCUCGGAGUGUGACAUCUGACUGCUGCUGCAUUUUCACUUCACAACAUCAGACAAAGGGGUGAUGAUGAUGAUGAUGGCUUCCUUCAUGUGCAAGACACUGACUUUAUUUAUCAUCUGCAUGGCUCUGCAAGAGGGUUGUGGACUCCCGUUAUCAGAGAGGCCAGAGCAGCCAGCUCAGGCUCCGCACCGCGUCAGGACCAAGCGCUGCUCCUGUAACAGCUGGGAUGAUAAAGAGUGCAUCUACUUCUGCCACCUGGAUAUUAUCUGGGUCAACACGCCAAGUAAACUGCUUCCUUAUGGCCUGGGAAGUCCCCUGUCUCGUCGCCGGCGCCGUUCGGCUGAACGUUGCGAAUGCCUUAACCCAGCCGAUAAAACCUGCUCCGGCUUCUGCCGUCAAAGCUCAGAGAAUCCAAGGACUAAUGUCGUGGGCCCAUUGGUAGAAUCUGCAAGCACAACCAGCAACACAUUGCUGGCAUCUUUCAGAUCUGUGGUCAAGUCCAACGUUGUGAUCGCAAAAGAGAUUCUGUCAUCAAAAGAGAACCCGGGUGGAGUAAACAGGCUGAGGAGCAGAACGAGAAGGUAGAGAACUGAGCGAAACCUAGAGGCGGUUCAACCUCCGAUGGAUUCAACCUCCAUGGGCCGGAGACUCCUUCAAACUACCUUCAGUGCCAGAACCAGGGUUUUGAAACACGUCAAGAGGCUUAGCAACUGUGGGGAUGUGGCGGUGGAAGGAUGGCACCAGUUCAAGCAUUUGGUCAACAAUACCAAGCUUGGGAGACUGGCAGCUCACCGUGACAGAAGCACCACGGCAGGAACACCGCUGGCUGGAGACGUUUGGAGUCAUUUCGUGAACUCUCUUUGAACUUUUUUGAACUUAACAAUAGAUGCCAGGGAAGGAUCCAUUAAAGCCAAGCACAUGGAAACUGGUGUCUUGCCUUUUUGGGAACUACAUCAAGAAAGUUUACAAUGACUAAUCAGUCACUGAUCUGUGCUUCGUUUGUUUAAAUGGACAAAUCACUCCUGGGACAGUUUCAAAUCCACAACUCACCUACACCGAGGAUUGUUACUUAUUCAACAUCAACUCUGUAUUUAGUUGGUAACUCUUUUGUCAAUGUUUACCUUUAAUGUUCUUGAAACCAUUCUGUCAUUGUUGACCUUUGGUUCAGUUUAAUAUUGCUUUGUAUCAGAGCUGGAAUCUGGUGUCCUGCCCAGUGUUUACGACACAUAAGCAUUUUUUUUCUUUUUUAUAUCGGGCAGUUCUUAAAAAUGGCAGCUUGUUCACUCUUGGCAGACAUGGUCUCAGUGAAGUGAAAGUCAUUUAUUUGGGAUUUAUCUCACAGUUAGCUUUAUGCAAGGUCUAUUGUGAGCUGCAUGCGCACGCACACACGCACGCGCGCGCGCAUACAGUCAACUUUCUGCUAGCAUAACAACAACAGUAGGCCUAUUGUGUUGGCUUGAGUGUUUAUUGCAUAGCUCCUGUUUAAUGUUUUGAUUGAUGAUAAGCCAGAAAGUUUCAACGACCUGCAGCUUGCCAAAAAAUGCAACAAAUGUUGUUUUUUUCCCCCUGGACAAAUCCUUCCUCUGUAAUAAGUAACUGGGAAAAGAUGACUCUCCACUUAUGAUCUGCACUUCAAAAGCUUUUUAUCUGCAGCCUGCACUUUCUCUGUGCCAUGAAUCCAUUCACUCCAUCUGCCAUGUUUGAUUGUAGUCAUCCCACAGACACAUGGGAAUAUAAACCGUCACUGUAACUCUUCUUCAAAUAUCUCAAUGCUGUGUACAACGGAUAGUUUACCAGCUUAGAAGUUUACAGUUAAAUGCUGAAUUGUAUAUAAAACAAUUUAUUUAUUCUCUAACUUAUUCAGAGAAGUAUUUAUAUUUGUAUGAAUGAUGCAGCGACUUGUGUAUGACAAA